GGUAACGUCAGGGUCUCUCACUGAGUGGUCAGUCCUCAGCACCGUUCAAGUAGAGAACAGAACCACAGGAUGACUCGCGUGACGCCUUUGGGUUCACGGAGCCCGGACGUUGAGGAUACCACACAUGUGCUGGCGGAUCAAGUGGUUCCUGGGCCGGCGCGGAUAGAGGUCGAGGCGGGUGGGGGCUUUGGCAUCUCCAAGAAAGGGCUGGCCGACAUCAACAUCGACCAAAUGACAGAAACGAACGUGAAGAACCUCAAACAGUUGGGCGGCGUCGACGGGCUGGCAAAGAAGCUCCGAGUCGACACGGCGACGGGGCUCAGUCGUCAAGAGAUCGACGCCAACUUCUUUGCGCGGCGGGCGGCGUUCGGUACCAACACGUUUGUGGAGGCUCCGAGCAAGAGUUUUCUGUCCUUGUUCGUCGAUUGCUUCAAAGAUACGACGCUGAUCAUAUUGAACGUGGCGGCGGUGGCGUCGAUUGCAACCGGCAUGAUCGAAAACCCUCAACAUGGCUGGGUCGAAGGGUUUACGAUUGUCGUGGCCGUCGUACUCGUGGCGUUCGUGAGCACCGUGAGCAACUACACCAAAGAGAAGCAGUUUCGCGCGUUGAACGCCAAGAACGACGAGUUCAACGUCAAGGUGCUACGCGCGGGCAACUACGACCAGGUGCCGGUAGCAGACAUCAAUGUCGGCGACAUCGUCGUGCUCGAGAGUGGCGACAAAGUUCCCGCCGACGCCGUGUUUUUACGCGGCCAGGACGUCAAGUGCAACGAGUCGAGCCUCACAGGCGAGCCGGACGAAGUGACGAAAGGAGUGACGAAGGACCCGUUUCUGCUCUCGGGGUGCCUGCUGGCGUCCGGACGGUGCGAGGUCAUUAUCACAGCGAUCGGGUCAGAUUCUAGAUGGGGACGCAUCAAGGCCAAACUCGUUCGGGAGCAUCGGGCCACGCCGCUGAUGGAAAAGCUUGACGACAUGGUCAAGAUCAUCGGCUAUGGCGGGAUGGGGUGUGCCAUCGCGACUAUGAUUGCCAUGGUAUCUAUCUACGCCACGACCUCUCCCGAAUUGCGCAAAGGCACGUGGGUGCACAAGCUCCUCGACACGUUCAUCAUUGGCGUGACGAUCGUUGUGGUGGCCAUCCCCGAAGGCCUGCCGCUCGCCGUGACCAUCUCGCUGUCGUACUCGACCAAGAAGAUGCUCAACGACCACAACCUCAUCCGUGUCUUGGCCGCGUGCGAAACCAUGGGCAACUGCACCAGCAUCUGCUCGGACAAAACGGGCACGCUCACCGAGAACCGGAUGACUGUCGUGGAGCUGUGGACCCAAGGCAAGCACUACGACGAGCCGUCGAUGCGGAACCACCCGAUCAAGUUUGACGCGCGGUACUUUGACAUGGUCGCCACGGCCGUGUGUGCCAAUUCGACAGCGCAAUUGCUCGAAAAAGGCGGGCCACAGGACAUGCCGAUUGUCCAGGGCAACAAGACCGAAGGCGCCAUGCUGUUGUGGCUGCGAAACCAAGGCGUUGUGUACAAACAGGUCCGCGACGCUGCGUUUCGGCCGCAGACGGGAGACCGCAUGUACUCGUUCUCGUCCGAGCGCAAGAGCAUGUCCACGAUUGUCCGGGUGCAUGGCGGGGGGUUCCGGUUGUACUCGAAGGGCGCGGCAGAGAUCAUCCUGAGCCGAUGCACGCACGUGCUCAAAGCCAACGGCACCGUGGGCGUCCUCAACACCGUCACCAACGACGACAUCCACGACACGAUCGUGGGCAUGGCCAAGAUGUGCCUGCGCACCAUGUGCGUGGCCUACCGCGACUUUAGCGCCGACGAACUCCCCGCGGACCUGAGCACAUUGGACAACCCCCCCGAGGGCAGCAUGGUGUGCUGCGCCAUCUUUGGCAUCAUGGACCCCCUCCGCGCUGACGUGGCCGAGAGUGUUCAGACGUGUCAGCGGGCGGGCAUCACCGUGCGGAUGGUCACGGGUGACAAUAUUCACACCGCGCGGGCGAUUGCAAAGCAGUGUGGCAUCCUCACAACCGACGGCGUGGCGUUGGAAGGGCCCGUGUUUCGAGAAAUGCCCAAGGACCAACUGCAGGCGUUGUUGCCCAAGCUUCAGGUCUUGGCGAGAUCGUCCCCAGACGAUAAGCACAUGCUCGUGACCAUGCUUCGUGCGCGGCAAGAGGUGGUGGGGGUGACUGGCGACGGCACGAACGACGCCCCCGCCCUUCGGGCAGCCGACGUCGGCUUGGCUAUGGGAAUAGCUGGCACAGACUUGGCCAAAGAAGCUGCUGAUAUUAUCAUCAUGGACGACCGGUUUGCGUCCAUCAAGCAGAGUGUUUUAUGGGGGCGGUGUGUGUACGACAAUAUUCGGAAAUUUGUGCAAUUUCAGCUCACGGUCAACGUGGUCGCGCUGUCUCUGACGUUUCUCGGCGCACUCGCGGGCUUCGACCCGCCUUUGAAUGCCGUCAUGAUGCUGUGGGUCAACUUGAUCAUGGACACGAUGGGGGCCCUCGCCCUCGGGACCGAAGUGCCCAAGCCCGAGCUGCUGCUGCGACGGCCGUACAAAAAGGACGCGUCGCUCGUGAGCCGUAUCAUGGUCAAGCACAUUAUCAUCCAGUCCACCUUCCAGCUGACGACGCUGUUGAUGUUGCUGUUUCUGGGCCCGGGCUGGCUCGACGUCCCGAACGGCAACGCGUGCAUAAGCACAACGUACGCUUGGAUAGAUGACAUUGCCAACGUCGCCGCCCCGGAGCCGUGCGUUUUGCUGCAAAAUCACUCGACGUGCUGGUCGCUCAACUGCUCGGCGUACGUGCCGCUGUACCCGACAUUCAAUCAGUCGCAUGCGAUGCCUCCGAACGUCCCACUUGCGUGCUUAAAGUCGCCGCGGUGCGACGUGUACGACUACCGGCAUUUUACGUUUCUUUUCAAUGUGUUUGUGUUUGCCCAAGUGUUCAAUGAAAUCAACGCCCGCAGCGUCACCAACGACUGGCGUGUCCUCCACGGGUUCUUCUCCAACACGAUGUUCUUAUUUAUCUUGGCCAUGACGGUGGUGUUCCAAGUCGUGAUUGUCGAGUUUGGGGGCGACUUUACCAAAACUUCGUCGCUCGACGGCACGUUGUGGGCGUAUAGCGUUGCCAUCGGCGUCAUCACGCUGCCCCUCGGUGUGGUUAUGCGGUUUGUGCCUGUCCAAGAAGACCCCGACUCGUUUGCAAACCCGAAUGGCCUCGUUAUUCCCAAGCAGCCGAGUCUCGCACUGUAG